GUUUUGUAACUCACAACUUGAGCGAAAAUUUGAGCGGCUUGAGAGUUUUGGGGCGUUGACGGAUUGGACUUUGUGCCGAGCUCUCUUUAAUCUUGCGGACUAGGAGAGGAGUUGCGUUGCAUUGAAAAACGAGUUUUGAAAAUUCCCAAGAAAUUUGAGUAUCCCAAGCUCGCCAUUUUUACCAUGCUUCCCGUCAUAUUCAGACCCCCCAAGAGAGAUAAAACAUCAACUAUCCCCUUUGCUAGAGUUAUCAAGACCACCCCAAAAGCUACUACAAGAAUCAAUAACGAAUGAGGAAGAUGAGAGAAGAUUUCGUUUUCGUGAACCUCGGUCGUACUUCUACUUGUUUCGAGUAAGCGCAUACUUCAGUACAUCAAGGGACACGACCGCGGUGAGAUACUAGAGGCGACUGUCUUUUGUGUGGUCGCAACAACUUCUCGCUCUCGCCCAAAAUCUGACGCACCAAAAAUAGCAGCUCUCAUUGGGACCGCGGCACAGUAUUUCUCUCACUGUAGUUUUCGAUUGGACCUCAUGCGCACGAAUACGAAAAAGGUACGCAAUCUGCGCUUGGUUUUGCCGUCGCCGUGACCAGAGUGCCUGCACCUGCGAUCGUUUUCUCCUGUCUUGUCGAGAAAUGUCCCGCCUCGCCAUGAAUGGCCAACAUUCUCCAAGCUACGGAAGCCCGACUCCAAGAAGCUGCGCCAGAGGACCUUAGUGAGGUGACCCCUUCAUGAUGAAGAGAAAACCUUGCAGUCGCUGGCGUUGUUUUCUUUGCUGGUAGCUGAAAGUGGACAAUAAUGACUAAAGAUGGGAUGUUGUGUUUCCGAUGCUAAGCACGCAGCCUCGGCAUACGAAGCUACCGCGGACAUCUACGAUCUCAAACAAGCAGCUGCCUUGGAGAGUAUUUUUUCAAGGAUAAAAUUCAAAUUGCUAUGUAAUUACUAGUUUGCAAAAAUCUCCUGCAGAUAAGUAGCUAGUAUGUAACUCGCGCUUGCAUGAUCCUCUACAACGGUGCUGGCCAGGAUAGACAUCGAGACUUCGUUGAAUAUUAUGAAAGAGCGUGCACCAAACAUUGUCCUACAGGUGAGCUGACUGCUACCGGAGACGCGGUCUCUGACGGGCAAAGCUCGGUGAGUGCGAGUGGUGAGCGCUACCCGCCGCCGGACCGGCCUCUCGAUCCAGACAUGGCGAAGGUUCGGCCGCUCUACGCAUCGAAGAUCGAGGGCAACAAGAGUAACACGAUGCUGCUGCCAAAUGGCACACACCGCUCGCCCCUGGACAACGCCCACGGAGCUGCAGGGGGCACCUCCUCUGUGUCGCACGGUGACCUCCACCUGCAACAAGGCCAGCAGAACGCGUCCAGCAGCAGCACCACCGGAACGGAUUCGCGAAGGCAUAGCAGCUCGUCGAGCUCCUCCAGUUGCGCCGGGGGCCUGCAGCGAUCACGCGUAAAGCAAGACCAGCAGCCACCACCGCCUGCCGCUAGCGAUGCGGACCGCAAGAAGCGGUCCACGGUUCUGGAGCAAAAGCUUCGAGAGCAGUACUCGCAGAUUCGCGACACGCCGUUCUGGCGACCCAAGGUACGUGACAUAAGUAUAAAUAUGCUGAUCCAAUAGAAUAAUCAGCAAGCCUAAGUGUGGUCCACAUCGAUAUCUAUGUCCACUGCACUUUUGCUAUCUGAAUAGAAGAUCAUCUUUUUAUCAUAUCGUAGGCAGCACGAUGAAAUUUUGGGUGCCAGCAUCCUCAACGAACCGCUUGUGGUUCGAUCAUGUCGAGGCCUGGCUGGUGGUGGCUACAUUACCAGCUGAAAUUUACCUUUUGAUGAAUUUUAUCGUAUUUUAUGUUGAACUGCAACAACUGCGCAUGCAUCGGAGCUGCUGUAGCGAGUUCUUCCUGACGCGAUCAAACAACAGUCCGAAAAAGUGUUUUUGUGCCGCUGAAAUUAGGCUAUUGAACGAUCUCCAGCGUCUGGUCCUCUCUGGAAAGCCAAUUUCACUCUGCGCAGCUUCUUGGCCAUAAUGAUAAUGCUUAUGCUUUUCUCGCUUGCCCAUUGCGUGCCUUUGCAGCAUCGUUGCUGGAUUUUUGUCAAUAGAUCACUUCAGCGACACAAAAACCAAAGCGACUAGAUACCGCCACCAAUGAAUUGUUCUCGAUUGGAGCAAGCCCAGCAUGCCCUGGCCCAAUAGAAAACUUUAUGCGGCCCGCCCCGGAGUUGUGCGAUUGCAUUAUGUAGUAGUAGAACAGUCUCGCUGACCCCGAAUCCCCAUCAUGUCGUGCCACUCGUCGCCUUACAAUCCUGUGGAGGAAGUGCCCCAUCUGUCAGUGUCUGAGUUGCAGAAGUACCUGGAUGAAAGAGGGUUGCCUUUCAAGGCGGAAGUAGCGCAUUUCGACAGCACGCGGCAUCUGAUCAACGCAAAAGCUGCAAAACAGGUGCUACAGCAGAAGGACGAAAACGGGGAGAAAAACAAGAAAGUGAUAGGUCUGACUCUCUCGAAACGGCAGCUGAACAAGUUCUACAAGUGGCAGCCCGUUGGGGGGAACCGCGCGCUGGAGGCCCAGACGACGAGCACUGCCGCCCCUGGCAGCAGUGGCCCCGACGACGGGCAGCCCAGCGGCGACUCCACCACCGCCGAUAGUGGCGCGGGAGCUAGCAGCACGGACCGCAGCAAGAAGUUCUCCAUCCUCAAGGUAGGCUCGAAAAGCCGGCCGAUCAAGGAGGAGCACAAGACGGACCAGUACGGGUUUCUGCUGAAGCGCGCCCUCUCCUCCCGCCGCGUGAAGCAGGGCGCCGUCGGGGACUGCUCGUUUCUGGCCAUCCUGAACUGCCUCGUGGACUUCGACGCCAGCUUCAACCACAACUACGAACUUUCCCCGAACAACCGGGGCGGCAGCCGCAACGCGUUUCUGCGGAGCCUGUUCGUGGCUUUCAUCCCGGAGAAGAACGUCAUCCUGGUCAAGCUCUACAUCGACUGCGAGUACCGCUUAGUGCCGGUCACGCCGACCGUGCCCAUUUCGCGCGAGGGAAAAAUCCUCUGCGCACACUCCACCACGGCGACGGAGGUGUGGAUAUGCCUCCUGGAGAAAGCCUACGUCACCAUAAGCGGUGGCAACUACGACUUUUUCGGAAAAGGUACUGUCUCUCGUACUGGUUGCAACUUCGACAUCUCGUCCCGGCGAUGUCAAAGAAGUAGAAGUAGGAGUUAAGGUUGCCCAUGGUUGUUGCAAGAAUGAUCAAUCUAAACCAUCGUUUUUAAGUAAUGGUCAUAAAUAUCCAGGCAGCAACCCGAAUACGGACGGCUACCACCUGACUGGCUGGGUCCCGGAGACGCUUCCAAUCAACUUUUUGAUGCAGCAGAUUUCCGUCGGGCAGUACGACGCGGAGGCCUCCAAAAUAUGGGACGCGAUCCACAAUGGCAUGAUGACCGGCCGCUGCGUGGUGUGUUUGGGCACGGGCAGGAUAAAGGACGCCGUGGUGGAGCGAGGCAGCGACGAUCCGGAGGGCGUGUCCGUGAAGUACGGGAUUGUUCAGAACCACGCCUAUUCCGUCUUGAAAGCGCACGUUCUCCCCAACAGCCCCUACCACGGCACGCAGACCCCAACCAGGCUCCUCUACCUGAAAAACCCAUGGGGCCGGUGUCAGUGGAAAGGUAUCGACAUUGAUGUAUCAAAAUGGAAGUAGGAAUUGGAGUAGUUGAUGCAGUCGUGGUUCAUCAGGUCCCUCGCGUUCUUUCAGCGUGAAAAUGAAUGCUAUUGUCGUAUCACGCAAGAAGGAGCCGAGAGACCUAUACAUCUCCUUGUUUCAUCGCACAUAAUUCUGUCAGGGCGUUUCGGUCCGCGAGACCCGGUGUGGGAGACGUUAAACGAGGAAUUUAAAAACGCCCACCUGCCUCCCGGGAACAACGGCACGGGGAAGACGGACGACGGCUAUUUUUGGAUGGAGUGGAAGGACGUAUUGCAGUCAGGGACUUUUAGCCACAUUUACAUUUUGUGGAACAAGGACCGGCUCAUCAGGAAGAAGAAAAUAUCGCGCCUCAGCUACGAAGUCAGGUACGACGACGCCUUCAACUGCCUUGGCGGAAAUCCGCAGUUUCUCUUGAACGCGAAAAAGGGCAAAAAGUACGUUUCGUUUUUUCACUGCUUUACCUUUGAUUUGUUUUGAUAUCUUCACAACUUUGUCCUUAUUUUUUGCGAAUUACUUCGCGCGUCCAGUAGUUCUCCUGCAGCUGCUGCAGUAUCUAAGUAUCUACUUCCACCACAACAAAGGAAGAGAAACAGAAAAGUGCGACUUGUAGAUUCGCCGCCAAGAUCGUUCGGCUGCUGCGGUUUUUUGUGAACUUUGGUCCGACGGCCACGGCGAGCUAGUACUGUUUCUAUUUUUGUUCAAACAGGUACUACUUCGUGGUCUCGCGCGUGAAGAAUACGACCUUAUCCAGUAGCUACAUCGCCGCCCACGCAUACAGACUGAGAGCGCCGCGGUUGCAAAAGCUCCCUCGAAUACGAAGCUCCCGUGGGAGAAUAGGCAGUUCCAUUGAAACCAAUAGUUCCAACAGCGACCUGAAAAAGCGACGAACGGACGAAGAGGGCGAGCACUGCUUCACGGCUGCCAGCUCUCCGAACAGCGACAGUCUUGCCGGCGCACCCGAAAAAAUCGUCGAGGAGUCCUGCAGCGGUAAAGAAAAAACGAUGCUUUUUCAUGUCUUAACCGACAGGGAUUUCUUCACACGAACAUAUGGACCUGUUAUACUCAAACUCAACCUUUGACGUCAUCAGGAAAUCCGCAUGUGGUCCUUGUGGUCGUGGACUCGAGAUCCGAUGAUUGUUUUUGUUUCCGCCCAGUAUCAUGACUACAGUAGGGACAACGAACUGACACCCAUAAUUCGUCAUAAAAAAAAUCAAAUCAGAAACCGCCUCCUGUGUGUCUCUUAUGGAAGGCGUGCACCAUCACGGUGAUGAAGAGGUGGAUAAUUGUCUCUGUCCCGGCAGCGCCUACUUUGACAGCUCCGACCAGAACGAAGAGCCAGGAUUUGUUUCCGAUCAAGGAGUUGGCUCUUCUGAGCAGUACGCCGAAGGAGAGCACUGCACUGACGACCACUACUCCACGGAUCCACCCGGUCUCGACGGGUACUUUAGCCACCAAGCAUUCGCGCAGCCGCGACACCAGGGCAACACUGAGGCCGCCGGCCCGCCACCGGAAAUAACGGUUCCUAGUACCGAGGGUGGCAUAGUAGCUGCUUCUUCUGCGAGCCCCGACGCUCCGGGAUGGACAUUAGGUAGUGGCAUGCAAGUAGGUACAGUCGCAGAAGAACAAGCAGGUGAGAACGUCAAUCCGCCUGCCUUUCACAAUUACGGCUCUGACCUUCCGCCAGAAGGAGGAGCGAGUGAGGGCUGCAAUCCCUCCGCGAUAAGUAGAAUACCAACUGCUAGAACAAACGGGACAACAACUACCACACCAACGGCAAAUGACGGUACCACGACAUCAUCAAUGCUGGUGAACAAUAAUAAAGUGCGGUCGGCCGAAGCGAAGACGCAGCUGCCCCUGCCACACCUCCGCCACGUGGACGGAAGCCACCACCGCAGCCCCGGCGGCAGCUACUUCGAUCAGCAGAACGGCGAACCCAGUGCGUACAGCAAGACCGGACCCUUCGGAACCGACCGCGGGGGCGGGUCCGCCUGGGCCAGCUGGGAGGAUCGGCUGUGGUGCCCGUCGCACGAGCAGGUGACCUACUUCCCGGGGGUGUACACGAACGGAGAGUGCUGUCUGAUGAAAAUCCAGCACAGCAGUGCGCCCACGGACGGGAGCGACGAGUGGGAGCAGUACGUGCUGCUGCUCUCGCAGCACGACUCCGCGGAGCGCGUCAAAUUCAGUGUGGAGAUUUUUGUCGAGGACGACGAGGACGGGGGGGACGUGGAUUUUGAGAUGAUCCCCGACAUCCCGCGGGCUUGGUACCAACACUUCGCGAAGGAGCAGUGGCCCCUGGACUGCGGAUGCAUGAACGACAAGGUGCGGUACCUGAGCAACCCAAGCUUCCUGCUGAUGGCAGACGGGGAAACACCCACGGACCUCAUGAUGGUCCUCCUUUCCCUGCAAAACUCGCUGAACAUCCGCUUCUGGGAGGAAACGUCGCAGACCUCGUUCUUCUUUCGCGAGCUCAUCGAUUACCACAGUCGCGAAGCAAGGAGGAAAGAGCGCAAGAAACUAUCGCCGAACUUCCUCGAGGCGCUGUCCGAGCAGUGCGUGGGCAACAGUGGACCCUACCGCUACGAAAUAAAACUUUUUACAAGUCAGCUCAAAGUGCGCUCGCAUCUGCUUCAGGUAAAGUUGUGUGUAGCUGCCCCGCACCGCCACUGCUGGUGUUUGCAUGCCAUGUCGACUUGUUCUUUUACUUUUUGCAAGCAGUAGGAGUAAAUGCCAACUAUCUCCUGCAGGAAUUGAAUAACACGGAAAUCUCCGAUCGGCGCAGCUCAGGUCGGCAGGACACUUUUCUGUGUUCCAAAAGAUAUUAUGUACAGGGACCGCAAGGCAAAACCAAAACGAAAUGAACCGCGAAAGCAUGUCCGCGGUAAUACACCGCCACACGGAAGCAGAGGCACCUCUAGCGGUGUAACAAGUUUUGCUUCCAUACACGCCACAAUUGCUGCACGCACCUGAUCAAAAAUAUGAAGCCGGGAACGAGGUAAAUGGAUGUUUUAUGUGCCACAUUAUUAUUUUCGCUUUUGCUCUUCUUAUGAUAGUGUUGAUUCGGAAAACCACGGAAUCACAUGAAACCGCGGAUCCAGCAGCACACACUCACGUCGUCUCUUAGUACCCUUAUUUCUACCAAACCGCACAGGUACUUGUGCAUUGUGUCGACAUUCAAGCCCCUGCAAAGCGGAGACCAGCUGGACUACGAUUUGGAGAUCACAUCGACUGCAAACGCUAACAUCAGCAUGAAGCAGCUUUCUGGUUUCACGAAACGAAAGUCCAUUUUCCCGCUCCGGUAAUCGAAACCGAUUCUCCUGCACAAUCCGCAGAGCCGCCAUUUCCGACACGGUGUUGCCAGGUUUCACUUCAUACGGACACCGAGACAAUUGGCGCAAGUCAACCUUACACUAAGUUCCUGAAAUUGAUGUCCCUGCUUGUAUCGUUGUCGUUCCCCCCCCGGUGCGCUACUCGGCAUUUUCCUCUGGCACUUGUGGUCGUUUAAGAACCAACUCCGUGUCAUUUCCCACCCGACCCCUGACGAGGACCUGCUCAUCUCUACUAAAACCCACUCAAACUCCUUGCAACGAUGGAUCCCCGACCCGUUUCCCCGACCCGUCUCUGGCAUCAUUUAGGCGCUGGAGAAAGAAAUUUUUGAACUCGCAAAAGAAAAUUUGUACUAUCUCUACUGCAGAGCUUUUUCGCAGCUUCUCGCCGUGGCCAUAUUUAUUCUUGUAAUCCCCCGCCAUUCAAUAUCGCACGGUUGAUAGCCGCGACGACGCACAGCGACGCUUCAAGCCAAUGUGCAUGGCAGGUUUGUAGUGACAGAAGAGCAGAACGCAAGCAAAAACAUAUAAAUAAGCUGAUGAUCGAAACAGUAGCAAUUUUCACAACUAGAAGAGAUUUAUCGCAAGAAUAAGGUUGGAAGUGACGUAGCAGUGAAUGUCUUCCGACUCCGAGAAAAGAGUUCAUUGCCUACUCAUUAUUCCUUGUCCUAUCGAUUUCGUUUAUAUUUGUAACAGAUUGGCGGAGCACAGUAAGUUUUAAGUUUUUCUGUACUUCAUAGACUACAUUUUUUGCUCGCGCCUGUGGAUUUCUUGGAUGAAUAAGUAUUCUGAUUGGUGCUAUGUAUCGAAAGAUCCCGUGUCUCGUGAUUGUAGUUGUAGAGCUGUAUGCGCCAUGUUGUAUUUUAUUGGGUUAGUGGUAGUGUAUAGGAACCGGGGAAGGGGAAACUAACUCAACGGUUUUCGCACAGCGCGGCAGAGGCAGCAGAGCCCGUCUCCCAGUCACCUCGACCUGGCUACAGCUGUACUUUUCGUAUCAAUCUCUCGAGACCACGCAAAAGGAUCAUACUUACAGGGAUCUAACUAAUUUCUGCGACGCACCCGCAUCUGGACACCCGUGCCCUCGCAAAUGUACUGAAUUGGGAAUGGUUGACCCAUUCCUAUGCGGUUCUUCUCUUGUAUAUACUCGCACCUCCCGCCCAGAAGUAGAGGUACAGGUAGUAUGUCGAUUACUUCCGCCGGCCUCCAAGCAUGGUUGAGUACAAGAAAUUUCUUCUGCCCCGAGUGAACUUGCUACACAAAUGUACCUAGUAUGUAAACUUUUGUGCUUAACUUGAAAUUCAGGUUGUUCUGAGGCCGGCUGCCAAGAAGAAUUAUCGUUAACUGAAGCAGAACUUUUUUAUUCUCCAACGCUCAUGCGGUUUGAUCAAUACUUUAUCUUGCAACGUGACGAAAAUUUGCUCCGUACAGACGACUACGACCAUGAUCCAAUUUCCAUUGUAAUACGCUUUCCUUCGUGCAGCUCGAGCCGCACAGUCUGCUCGGGAGUUUGGACUGCCAAAGGAGCAGUUUGUUCGGCACUGCAGGGGAGAGUCCCAGCUCGGUGGAAUGCACACAGGCCCUGAAUGGCCAUGUGCGUGUUUGUUGUGACGACACCUUGCUCGUGGGACGAAGAUGAA